AUGGGCAUUUUGACGAAUAUCAGCGUCGAUAAGGUGAGGUUUCCUUUUUCCGACAAAAUUUCGCUUCCUCAAGGAGUUCUUAAUGAUCUGAUUAACAGCAGUGAUCACGAUUUGUUCGACGCUUCGAGACCUCUUGUGAUAACUCUAACAUUGUCACAAGACAGUGACGAUAAUUGCAUUGGGGUACAGACUGUUGGAGUGCGUGAUUUUAGCUUAGACGACCCGCAAUCGGUGACUCUCCCAUGGCUCGUGGCAUCGAGGUUUGGAAUUCACUCAUUGGGUAACAAGAGAGAUGCGUUUUACAAAUUGAAAUGGCAAGUAGCGCACGACGUAAAAGCUUGUGAGAAAUUGACUUUGAAGUAUGUGGGCUCUAAAAAAUGGGGAGCGCAAGAUUUCGAAUCGGUUGAAAAAUCAGACAAUUAUCUCGAGAAAGCUGUGUCUGAAGACGUUUUCUCAAUGAAAGCCUUCCUGGAAGCACGUAUGAACAAUGCGAUUACGUGUGUAACUCAGAAUCAAAGGCUUCUUGUUUCAAAGGCUCCAAAUGGAGAGCGAGCCUCCGAGAUUUUUGAAUUUGACGUCAUCGAACUUGAUCCUUCCCCUGUAUCGAUCGUUGUGAACACCGAUCUCGAAUUGGAUCUCCUACUGGAAGAAUCCAUAUCAGGCAGCUCAACUCAACAAACCUCUGCUUCAAACUCAACUAAGCCUUUAGCCCUACGCAUCGGGGAGUUGACGACAGUUAGCGAAGACAAACAACAAAUCUAUUCUCUCAAAUGUCGAAAAAAUUUGUUGCUAGAAAUUUCGCAGAACGAUUUGGGUGAAUCAUUGCAGAUCGUAGCUGGGCACGAUAGUAAUACCCUUUCAGAAGACUGCUAUGAUUUUAGCACCUUGAUGAGUUCAGCCAAAAUGCUUAGGUCCUCUGUCAACUCUUCAACUAUCGUUCCACUUCCUGAAGAAGGGAUGAUAUUUCUUAAGCCUGUUUGGUUUGAUUCCAAUGACACUGCAACCUUCAAAUUUCGAAUAAAAGAGGCUAAUGAAAUAGAGUCCCAAGAUGAGAUUGAAGGAAAAGUAAAAUGUAGGCACUGUUCCACUUUAAUUGCUGCUGGAACGUAUCCGCUUCACGAAGUUCAUUGCGCGAGGAGCACUCGUAUAUGUGAUGAGUGUGGCAAAAUGUAUUGCCAAGUCAAAACCAUUCCUCAAGAGCAUUGGCAUUGCUGCAAAGACCAUCAAUUAAUGGCAGGGGACAUGAAUGUGUCUCGUUUAAGGCAUUUAGAGUUCUUCCAUGUUCCAAUCGGUUGUGAUAUGUGCAGUGCUAGUUUUGAAAGUAAAGAUGAUUUAGCGAAACACAAACACCAGGUGUGUCCAAGGAGAUUACACAGUUGUCGCUUUUGUCAUCUUAGAAUCGAACGCGGGGAAUCCUCAGUCGAAGCUCGAUAUUAUGGGCUCUCGGGGCACGAGCUCAAUUGCGGAAUUAAGACAACUGAAUGCUAUAGGUGUCAGAAAACCGUCAAACUCAUGGAACUUGAACGUCAUAUGGAGUUUCAUGAUCUUAAAAGGAUAGAGAGAGGCAAAAGUACGGUUAUUGAUAUUUGCAAAAACGUAAACUGCUGUCGGAUUUUAACCAAUUUGACUAAUAGGUGGGGUCUUUGUAGUUUGUGCUAUGGGCCUUUCUUUGACACUCAAGACGAUUUUGAUGGUAAGAGGUUUCUCAGGAAGCUUGAGAGAAAAUACGUGAUCCAACUCACCCGAGGCUGCGGGUCGACAUUUUGUAAAAAUUCGGAAUGCAAAUCUUCUGGGUUAGUGAACAUGGGCUCUUUAAAAGAAAUUAUCACGCAUGUACAGGUUGACUUAUUAAAGGAACCUAUGGAAGUCUUCUCGUUAUGCGUUGACGAGUCUACAACAAAGCGCAAGGUUUUCGCAGAUACUUUUCUCGAAUUACAACCAAAUGAGUAUGCUCCUGAAUGGGUUUGUCGUGGCGCUUGCUAUUUGAAGACUCUUAAUAUGGAUUCUUUGAUGGAUUGGCUUCAUGAAAACGCUAUAUCUAAUGCGGAAUUGUGA